AUGAAUUUUAUGAGACGUAUACAAGCACCUAGAGAACAUGUAGAAUCCCGUCUAUAUGAAGUACAAAAAUAUAAAGAUACAAUAAGAGAACGACAACAAAUAAUUUUACGUUUAUGGACUGAAUGUAAUACAAAAAUUGACAAAUGCAAAAAUUGUGUGAAAAUUAAAUUAAUGGCAAAAAAUGUUAUAGACUGGUCAGAUAGAGAAUUGGCUAGCUGCGUUUUAAUUUUAGAAAAUGUUGAAAAAGCACAAAAAUUGGAUUUGUUAUCUAGACGUAAAAAAUUGGAAGAAUUGUUGGAACAUUGUUUAACGUUGAGGGAUUUGGUUAAGGUUGAACGUUAUGAAGUUCGUAAAAUGUUGGGUGAAGCAAAAAAAUUUUUGGAAUCCUUCCCAAGUGAUUUCCACAGUGUUGAAGUUGAAAAAUAUUCUUUAUUGGCAAAAACAAAGCUUCAAAAUAUUUGGACAAUGCUUGCAAAAAGUGAACAAACUGUUAGAAAUGAAUUAAAUGGAUUGUUAGAUGGACAAGUUACACCAAUAAUGGAACCAGCAAAAACUGAACAAUUAUGUUUGGAUCGUUAUAGUGAUAGUGCUAUAGAAGAUAAAUUAAUGGGUAGUGGAAAAGAUGAUGAAUUAUUAAAUCAAAAAAAGAAAAUUGCUGAACCAAUGAAAGAAUUACUUAAAUCGGAAGCUGAUUAUAUUGAGGAUAUGCGUCGCUGUAUCGAUAUCUAUUUGUUUGCCUAUAAAACUGCUGGGUCAAUGUGCCCCUUAGCUAUCCGAGGAAAAGAACGUGAAAUAUUUGGAAAUAUUGAAGAGCUUUACCAAUUCCAUUCAAAAAUCUUUCUAUCCGAAUUGUAUUCUUAUGAACAAAAUCCAGAAGAUGUUGGGUAUUGUUUUAUUGCUUGGAUGGAAAAAUUGAAAGAAUUAUAUGCUGAUUAUUGCCUAAAUAAAGAAGAAAAUAAUUAUCUAAUUUGUCUACCGGAAGCGGCUACUAUGUUUUCGGAAAUUAGAGAACAACACAAUUUAGAGCAUUGUCAAGAUCUCCCAUCUUUAGUUAUUAAACCUGUCCAAAGAAUUACAAAAUAUCAUGUUUUAUUAAAAGAGCUAUUUAAACAUUGCACAAAAAAUACAAAAGAAAUUAAGAAUGCUUAUGAAAUUGUUUUGAGUAUCCCAAAAUUGGCUAAUGAUCGUAUGCAUUUAAAAAGUUUUGAGGAUUAUCAGAAAUAUAAUGUUGGUGAUUUUGUUAUGCAAGAUAUAUUUCUUGUCUCCGAACCAAAACGUUAUUUUAAAAGAGAACGUGAAUUUCAACUAUUUUUAUUUGAAUCCAACAUUGUUUUUACUAAAAGGGAAGAAUUGUCUUCAAAAAAGAUUGGUUAUGUAUUUAAAGAUUCUAUGUUGCUUCGAGAACUUCACGUUGUAGAACACAUUGAAGGUGACAAUACAAAAUUUGGUUUAAGAAAGAGUGCAUUCCCUUGUCAAAAUGACACAACAGUUUUGAAAGCAAAUACAGAAGCACAAAGAAUUUUAUGGGUUAAAACUUUGAGGGAUUUGAAAAUGGAUAUUGGUAGACAUAAAACUGGAGGUGGUGGUGGAGGGAGUAAUACUGAAAGCAAUAGAGGAUCAAGAGAUUCUCAAUCUAGUCUAAUUUUACAAUCUGUGGUAGCUAGUACAGCUUUAGCUCAAUUACCUUUAGAAGAAAAUGCUUCCUAUCAAAGUAUAGAUAGUGGACAUAAUAGUUUAUUAUAUUCAUCUAAUGGUGGAGGUGGGGGUGGAGGUGGGGGAGGAGGUGGAGGACAACAACAACAACAACAAGGAGUUAUUAUGCGUGAAAUAAUAAAAAAUGAAGAAGAAAAUGGGCAACAACAACAAUUAAAUUAUGGUGGAUAUGAGAAUAAUAAUAUCAAUUUUGUUGAGGACAAACAACAACAACAAUAUUACACAACAACAGAAGACUUCACUGCCUCCAAUUCAGAACAAUUAACAAUUUUGUCUGGUCAACGUGUUGAAAUUUUAAAUAAUUGUGAUAUUGGAGAGGACAAUAACAACAAUAAUGAAUUUGUAAAAAUUGCUGUUUUGGACAAAGUAGGGCAGAGAGAAAAUGAAGGAAUGGUUCCUAAACGGAUAUUGAUGCCUUUAGAAAGUCCUGACCAACCAACACCUUCCACUUCACAUGCUCAUGACGAAACAACUGCUUCUACGCCAAAUAGCAGCAACAAUAAACGUACAUCUAUUCGUCGUUUCUUCACUUCCUCCAGUCAAAAAGGCGAAUCAAAGUGCCGUUCUUCUCCUUCCACAACAGUAAUAGUAAGGCCUAAAUCAGCUACAUCAACAUCAACAAAUUCUGAUUUUACAACAAAUUGUAAUAAUAAUAAAAUACUUUCCCCUUCAACAAAAAUAAAUAAACAACAAGAAGGGUCAUCUUCAAACAACGAUUUAUUAGAUUUACCGCCUCCAAUGGAUCAAAUUGGUGGAAGUAGUGGUGGAGGUGUAGAAAAUGGUGGGGAACAUGAAAAUGAGUUGACUGAAAACAACAUAACAGAAGCGACUGCAGAAGAGACAACCACCAAUACAGCUCCAUCACCCCCACAAAUGACCCCGGAAGAAAGUUCUAGAUUGAAAAGAAGUUAUGUACUUCAAGAACUUGUAGAAACAGAACGUGCUUAUGUAGUUGAUUUAGCUUCUAUAGUUGAUGGGUAUAUUGGAACACUUAAAGAAAUGGAAUUGAGUGAUGAGGAUAGAGAAAAAGUUAAAAUAAUAUUUGCAAAUAUUGAACAAAUAUUGGAUUUUCAUAAAUCUGUCUUUUGUAAAGAAAUUGAAAAAAGUUUACAAGAUUAUGAAGCUGCAGGAAAUGCUUUUAUUAAAUAUGAAAGGAGAUUGCACACAUUUUAUGUUAAAUAUUGUCAAAAUAAACCAAAAUCUGAUUUUUUGGUCAGUCAAGACAAUUUUGAACAAUUACUUUUUGAUGUAAAAGACAGGCUUGGACAUAAAGUGUCAAUUAAUGAUUUGCUUAUUAAACCUGUUCAGCGGAUUACAAAAUACCAAUUAAUGCUCAGUGAUAUUUUAAAAUACACUCAUCGUGCUAACGACCGUGCAGAAGUGUUAGAACGUGCUCAUGAUGUUAUGAGGGUUGUGCCUAAAGCGUGUGAUGAUAUGAUGCAAGUGGGUCGUUUGCAAGGCUUUCAAGGCAAUUUAACAGCUCAGGGGCGUUUAAUAUUUCAGGGCACUCUAAUAAUUUCUGAUGGAAAUAUAAACCAACCCUUCAAAGGAAAAGAGCGUCGAGUAUUUUUAUUUGAACAGUCUGUAAUUAUUGCUGAAUGCAUACCUCCUAGAAAAGAAUAUGGAAAUCCUUUGUAUAAUUUUAAAAAUCAAAUUAUGGUAAAUAAAAUGGUAUUAGAAGAAAAUGUUGUUGAUGAACCUCUACGUUUUGUUUUACAAAGUAAUGAUCCUAAUCAACCAGCUACUUUUGUGGCGCAGUCAGCUACUAGUGAAGAUAAGGAACAAUGGCUAAUUAAAUUGUCUACACAAUUAGACCAGCAAAAGACAUUCCUGGCUGCAUUAGUUGAUCCAAAGCGUUACUUGGCCAAUUCAAUGGGUUCAAUGAAUAUAAGCGGCAAAAAAGACAGUAGUGGCAGUUUGGGUACUCCAACAUCUCCGGGCAUUACUCCUGGAAAUAUUACAAUACCAACUAGUGGAAGUGGGAGUACAACAAGUAGUGGUGCAAUCUCUCCAACAAAACCUAGAGCUACACAACAAAAAUCUUCUGGGUCUAAACUUUUUGGAUUUGGUUAG